CUAGAGGGAGAUAAAGUCCACAGAGCUCAAUCUUCACACUUACACCUGCCGAACUUUGGGAGGGAAACAUUCACAUUCGUAACGAACGUAAUAAACACAAAACACGUGCAAAAUUCCGCAGCUUUUAUUUUGUAGUUUUUUUUUCGUAUUGUACGCAGCAGUUCCAUCCGUAUUUAAAACGCUAUACUUUACCUUGGUUCUAAACCAAAGCAAUAAAACAUACAACACUGAUCUACGUUCUGCUGUUAAUCGAGCAUAUUAAAAAUGACUCCGACGUGGAGGACGGUAGCAUCAUCUGAAAGCUGAGCAGGAGGCUGAGGUCUUUGAGUUUUAGCUGUUUGCAUUGAGUUGAGCUAAUAAUGUCAUGACGGUACUUAAGGAGGCAGUUCUUCAGAGGAGCUGCUCUCAUUCUGCGCUCCUUCACACACACACGCACACACUCACACACACACACACACACAUGUGAUGUGUUCGUGUUUUUCCCCAAGCAGGUCCUUCUUUUUUUCUUGUGCAUCUGCAAGAUGCGUUCUCGCGGAGUCUCGGGGGUACUUUUGACUUUUACGUUACUUUUGCAUUUUCUUUGUGUUCACCCCAUAAAUCCUCUGUUUCCAAGCGCAUCCAAAGGCAUGAAAGUGUCCAAGUCUGUUCCCGCUGAUGGCCACAGAAGGGUCAGACACGGCAAAAGCGCACCGUCGGCAUCAUCGUUAUCAGGAGACGUCCAGUCACAGCGGGCGAUCAAGGACACGAUUGAACCUCACGACUACAUGAUCUCCAUCUACAAGACCUUUUCCGCGGCCGAGAAACUGGGACUGAACGCGAGUUUUUUCCGCUCGUCGAAAGCAGCGAACACCAUAACGAGUUUUGUGGACGAGGGUCAAGAUGACCUUUUGAACUCCCCUCUGUGGCGGCAGAAAUACUUAUUCGACGUAUCGACUCUUUCUGAAAACGUGGAGCUCUUGGGUGCAGAACUGAGGAUAUACACAAAGAUCUCCGGAAGCUUCCGAGCGUCUGAGACGGGCCCGGUGGAGAUACAGCUGCUCUCCUGCCAGUCGCACGCCGUCCUCGACUCCAAAACCUUGGAUCUGGAGGACGCGCAUAAACCGAAAUGGGAGGUUUUUGACGUAUGGGAGGUUUUUAAGGAACGUCAGCGCCACUCCCACGGGACGCGCUUCUGUUUAGAGCUCAAGGCGACGCUUGAUAAUCCCGAGAGGGAAAUCGACUUGCAAUAUCUUGGAUUUCACAGACAUGGCCGGCCGCAGCUAAAGAAAGCCAUAUUGGUCGUUUUCACAAGGUCGAAAAAGAGGCAAAGCCUUUUCUACGAAAAAAGGGAGAAGAUUAAGCUGUGGGGUUUGGAUAGUCUUGGGAAGGUGAAAGGACCUCACUCGAAGUCCCGACGGAGAAGACGGACCGCUUUACCCAACCGCCAUGGAAAGAGGCACGGCAAAAAAUCAAAGUCUAGGUGCAGCAAAAAACCCUUGCAUGUGAAUUUCAGGGAGUUGGGUUGGGACGACUGGAUCAUCGCUCCCUUAGACUACGAGGCCUAUCACUGCGAGGGCAUGUGUGACUUCCCUCUCCGAUCUCACCUUGAACCGACCAAUCACGCCAUCAUACAAACUCUCAUGAACUCUAUGAACCCCAGCAACAUGCCGCCCAGCUGUUGCGUCCCAUCCAAACUCAGUCCCAUCAGCAUCCUGUACAUAGACGCAGGAAAUAACGUCGUAUACAAGCAGUAUGAGGACAUGGUGGUGGAGUCCUGCGGCUGCAGGUGAUUGUGAAGGUCAAACUAACGAGGACGUGAAAAAAAAAAAAUGUCUGACUUCACAACGGUACUGGAGUCCUCAGCUGAAAUGCAUUUGGAAAUAUGAUUUUGGACUGGAAUCGAGCACAGAAAUACUGCUAUAUCAGCCUUAGUUUUAUUUCGCUGGCCAUUUUCAUACUUAAAUUGUAUUUUAUGGAUUGAUGUGUAAAUGUUUUUCGUUUUUUUUAUUUGUACAGGUACAAAUUUUAAUUUAUGUUCAGUUACACUAAAUUAUUUUCUCAUUUAUUCAGUAAUAAUAUUUCACACAUAUAAAAUAAGCUAUUUUAGUUAUUGUAUCUACCUCAUUGUACAAAGUAUGUUACAGUGUAAAUGUCUUCCUUUGAGAGAUUAACCUUAUGAAAGGUU